CUCAGCCUGGAUUCGGCUCUUCAGCGGACCCUAGUAUUUGAGGGUACAACAUUCAAGGUCAAGGUCGGGCAGCGGCUGUUGCGGGCGCAUCGGGUCUCCGGACACCUCGGUUUCCUAACCGAGAAGUGUGCGUCCUGCAAAUUGGGGGGCUUAGUGUCGGGGAAGGGUUUCUCUCCGCUUAGCGUGAACGUUUGGGGCGAAAGGACCCCUUCCCCUUCCCCCUCCCCCUGUGCGGACUGAGCGCUCUGGCCGCAAUGGGUCCGCAACUUCCCCUCCUGGUGGCGGCGCUGGCCGGCUGCCUGCUUCCUGCCCGGGGCUGUAUCCUAUGUGCUGCAAAGGUCGUGGAGGCGCUAAAAUCCUUGGAGACGGAUUACCUGCCUGGCCAUCUGGCGGCCGAUCGUCGCCAAAGCUUUAUGCAAAGGGUAAAACAAACCGUGAUGGAUUUCAAGGACCUGCCAAUUGAAGAGGAUUCCUAUAUGGGGGUUGUCGAUAAGCCCACACUGGAAAAGGCAUCCUGGAGUUUCCUGAAGGAUUUGAAACGUAUCACAGACAGUAAUGUAAAAGGUGAACUUUUCGUGAAGGAGCUGUACUGGAUGUUGCACCUGCAAAAGGAUAUGUUUGCCCGCUUUGCAGCUCAGUUCCAAAAAGAGGCUUUUUGUCCCAACAAAUGUGGUAUGAUGUUGCAGAGUCUGAUCUGGUGCAAUACCUGCCAGAAGCAGGUUCACACUUGUCGAAAGAACUCUGAUUGCGGGGUGCGCCCAGUCAUAGUCCAUGAAAUGGAAGACUUGAUCCUGAACUGUGAGCUCAACUGGCAUCGACUCUCUCAAGGCCUGACCGAUUACAACUUUUUCAGGGUUUGGGGGAGAGAUUCUGAGACCUUGCUGUACAAGGGGAAAAAUCCCACCCUGAUCAAGACCGCGGUGACUGCAGAGGAUGCAGGUGUCUACCGCUGCAGUUUGGACAGUGUGCGAUCCAUCCCAGCCACGAUCAUCUUAUAUGAAGUCAAAGUGCUGCCCAAAAGGAUCUCUGAAGAGCUACCGUCAAACAUCAGCCAGGGUGGGGAGGCCCCAGGUCAGGGGGAUUCAAGCAUCCAGCCUACGCCGACGCAGUGUCCGAAGUCUGAGAACGUGCUGAGAGGCCGUCUGAUAGGACUGCUGAUCUGGGGCUUUGUGGUGCUGAUAAUCGGCUUUACGACCGCGUGA